AUUGGUUGGACUGAACAAAAUGGCGUCAACCACAUAGACAGGGGACGAAUGCCUGUCACCAAGAAAUUCUAUCGUUCCACGCGCAGUUAAAGGAUUUUAACUGGAGUACUCAAUGUUGAAAAGAUGUCUCUUAAGAAUGUGUUCUCAUCAACAUCCCUUGCCUUGUGGAAGUGUAAUGCGGUUUUGAGUUUGAAGGGGAUCACCUUUGUGAGACAACAACACGUUCCUUGCACCACGGUUGCUCCCAGAUUAUUGAGUCACUGGAGUCGGCCUGAUAUCUGCAAUACCAAAAGUAAUGAAAACAUUGGCAUCCAGCCAAAGAGACAAUAUGCCAGAGCUGCAAGAAAAAAACAAGAGAUCCCAAGCCAGUUGAGUGACCUGCCUCCCUCCAUGCUCAAACUAGACUACACUUCGGUUCCUCUUGCACAAACGACUGAUGAUAUUGUGAAGAGACUUCUUUCCUUGGAACUGGCGAGUCAUAGUGAGAAACUGCAAGUUAAGCUGGAAGAGCUUAUAGCUAAGGUUCAAAGGGAUAAAGAUGACCGCACAUCUACUGAAGUCAAGGUGGCCAUAUUGACUGCUCGCAUCCGCAACUUUCAAGAACACUUGCUCAAGCAUCCAAAGGACAAAGCCAACAAGAGGAGGAUGUUGAUGAGCAUCGACCGGCGGAAGAAGAAGUUGAAGUUCCUGAGGAGGACGCGCUACGAAGCGUUUGAGCACGUCUGCCAGCAGCUUGGCAUCACCUACACGUUCCCUCCCGAGUACUACAGGCACGCUACGCGACGCUGGCAAGCCAAGAAAGCCCUCUGCAUCAAGGUCUUCAAAGAGCUGCAGAAACAGAAAGCAGCACAGAAGGCUAAAGGCAAACAGGCGGUGAAGCCGCCCAGUCCUGAAACAGCUGGGCCCACUUCAGCAGAAACCCAAGGGCCUGCUGCACAGGAACACUAGGGUCAAACAAAAUGGCCUGUUCCACGGGGACCGUUUUUGAAGUGUAAACUAGCCUGUUCAAUGGUCACAUUCAGUUCCUCAGUCUUGCAGAUCCACCGAAACUUUGUCUAGACUUUAGACAAUAGGAAUUGCAUCCCUGGUUUUAUGUUUGACCUGUGACCAGGGUCAGUGAUUUAUUUCAUGAUUGCUUUAAAUAAAAGAUCACAUAUAAA